CGGCCGGCCGGAGUGGGGGGUGAAUGGGGGAGAAGGCAGAGGGUCAUCGGCGAGGAGACUGAGGGGAUCUGCGCUGCAAACGCCGCCUGACGUUUCGGGGCUCAAACAUGGGAUAACUGGCUGAUCCCCCCCGAUAGCAAGCGGGGCAAAAAAUGGGCAUCACUUUGACAAAUCUGAUACUUGACUAUUAAGUCAUUCUGCCCCCCCUUACCUCUACUUGCGAUUCUUUUCUUUUUUGGACGUUUAGUACAAUAGAGGAGGCUGGAAUUGCUGGAGAUGUUAUCUGUGCCUCCUGAUGAAUGAGGACCCUGCGCAUGUGAAAUAAUCCGCCGCGGCCGUUUGAGGGGACCGUGCCCCGCGUUACUUUCGCAGCUGCAUUGCCAGAGCCUUCGUCGUGUGAGGCAGGUGUUCAUUGUGGCUUUCCGGGCUUGCUCUUGUUUUGUUGUUGUUGUGGUCUUGUUUAUGUUGUAAUUUCAUUCGGUGUUCCGCGGUAACGGGAAAGCGGAGAAUGCGCGGAGUCUUUCAGCGGAAUUUUUAUGCGUCUUCUAUUGUUAACUAACAAAUCGCUUGACGUUUGAUGUUAUUGGCACCGAUUAAAUGGCCACUACAGACAGCGUCUGAGAUGAAAACAUUAGUAUGGACGCUCUGAUUGACUAAAAGACGAUCCGUGGAAUAGCUUGAGAACGGAGAACAAGUACCAUUGGACUAUCAACAAUGGUGGAGCCGGUAGGCUUUGUGGAGGCAUGGAAGGCACAGUUUCCCGAAUCUGAUCCCCCCAAGAUGGAACUGAAAUCCGUGGGGGGCAUCGAGCAGGAGCUGGAGAAGUGCAAAGCAUCCAUCCGACGGCUGGAGAUGGAGGUGAACAAGGAGCGCUUCCGCAUGAUCUAUCUGCAGACGCUGCUGGCCAAGGAGAGGAAGAGCUACGACCGGCAGCGCUGGGGCUUCCGCGGGGCGUCCCAGCCGAGUGACGGCGAGCGCCCAUCCGGCGCUGAUCCCCAGCCACCGCACCAUGCCCCUGGCCAGGAGCAAGGGCAUGGGGACCGAAGCAGAUUCCACCCUGUUGGGGAGGAGAGGCCAAGGCCCUGCCCCCCAGCUCCACGCAGGUCCUCCUCUCAUGGCGACAGUCUUGAACCCACAUUGGCGGGAGAAAGACACCUCCCAGUGGUUGCUGCGGAGAUGGACAGGUGUCGGUAUUUCGGGGAUGGUGAAAUGGACAAACUGUCUCCCUCCAAGAGGGGAGGGGUGUCCUCUCGCAGAUCGGGGGCAGUGCCCUCCAUGCCGUGCGACAAGGAUCCUCCACCCGACCCUCCCAUCAAAGAGAAGUCCGGCAUGGGUCUAGGUGUGGCGGCUCUAAGGUCCAACUUUGAGCGGGCCAAGAGGGCCAAUUGGCCCGCAUAUGGGGACGGGAAGGGGGUUGCCGAGCGGCCUCUCUACUCCAGUGUGGAGUACCACCAAGACAGGGGCUUGGCGAGAGCCAAUGACCGCGAAGUCCAGGAUGCACACGGUAGCCAGGCCGUGCAGAUCGAGCGGCAGCGAUCGCUGGCUAGGGCGGCGGCGGAGACCCGCAGGGCUGGGCACCGGGGCCGCUCUGCCGAGGGCCACUGUGGCGGUUACGAGGCCGAGGGGGAGGACGCCGAAUCUGACACGCGGCAUCCCAAAGAGGGACUGGUCCACGCAAAUGGGGGGAAGCCACACCAGCCGCCCUGGCAGCAGACUGAAUUCCAGCCCUACCCCGGCGUCUAUGUGAGUGAGGGGGACGGGAGGGGCGUGAGCCAGAGGGACCGGGGCGGGGAUGAGGCUCCCACCACCUGGCCUCGGAGGUCCUAUUCACCGAGGAGCUUCGAGGACGUCGGCGGCGGUUACACGCCUGACUGCAGCUCCAAUGAGAACCUGACAUCCAGCGAGGAGGACUUCUCCUCGGGCCAGUCCAGCCACGUGUCGCCCAGCCCCACUGCCCACCGUCCCUUCCCAACGCGGGAGAAGAGCCGCUCGCCAUCCCAGAAUUCCCAGCAGUCCUUGGACAGCAGCAGCCCCCCCACCCCUCAGUCUCAGAAGCGUCACAAGCACCACGUCCUGGUGUCAGAGGCGGCCGUCGUGGGCGUUAGGAAAACCGGGCAGAUCUGGCCCAACGAUAGUAACUGCACCCUGUCCAGCAGGACUUCACAUGACAACAGUUUCCAUGGAGACGUAGACUCUUCCUUGGGCGGGACGCCGCCCAGCUACGGAUAUGACGCGGAUCGCGCCGAGGAGCAGCGCCGCCACCACGACAUGAUGCCCUACAUCGACGACUCGCCCUCCUCCUCCCCCCACCUCAGCUCCAAGAGCCGCAGCAGUCGGGACACGCUGUCCUCAGGCUCCCUGGAGUCCUCCAAGUCGACCGAGCUGGACCUGGAGAAGGGCCUGGAGAUGCGAAAGUGGGUGCUGUCCGGCAUUCUGGCCAGCGAGGAGACGUACCUCAGUCACCUGGAGGCGCUUUUACUGCCCAUGAAGCCUCUGAAGGCAGCGGCCACCACCUCCCAACCAGUACUCACCAUCCAGCAGAUUGAAACCAUCUUCUUCAAAGUGCCUGAGCUCUAUGAGAUCCACAGAGAGUUCUACGAUGGGCUCCUACCCAGGGUGCAGCAGUGGAAUCACCACCAGCGGGUGGGCGACCUCUUCCAGAAGCUGGCCAACCAGCUGGGGCUCUACCGCGCCUUUGUGGAUAACUACACGGUCGCCGUGGAGACCGCGGAGAGGUGCUGCCAGGCCAACACGCAGUUUGCCGAGAUCUCGGAGAACCUCAAGGUCAGGACCACAAAGGACUGCAGAGAUCAGACCACCAAGAGCACUCUGGAAGCUCUCCUCUACAAGCCAGUGGACAAAGUGACCAGAAGCACACUGGUGCUACACGACCUACUGAAGCACACGCCCCCCAGCCACCCGGACCACCCCUUGCUGCAAGACGCCCUGCGCAUCUCCCAGAACUUCCUGUCCAGCAUCAAUGAGGAGAUCACGCCCCGGCGCCAGUCCAUGACCGUCAAGAAGGGGGAGAACCGGCAGCUCCUGAAGGACCGCUUCAUGGUGGAGCUGGUGGAGGGUAACCGAAAACUGAGACACGUCUUUCUGUUCACCGACCUGCUGCUCUGCGCCAAGCUGAAGAAGCAGAUGGGCGGGAAGAGUCAGCAAUAUGACUGCAAGUGGUACAUCCCCCUGGCUGACCUGACCUUUCAGGCUGCCGACGAGUCCGAACCGCCGCCCAUCCCGCAGGUCCCGGACGAGGAGAUUGACGCCCUUAAGGUCAAGAUCUCCCAGAUCAGGGCUGAGAUCCAGAGGGAGAAGAGGGCCAACAAGGGUACCAAGGCCGCUGAGCGACUGAGGAAGAAACUGUCUGAGCAGGAGUCACUCCUUCUGCUGGCCUCGCCCAACAUGGCGCUGCGGGUGCACAAUCGCAACGGCAAGAGCUACAUGUUCCUGAUCUCGUCAGACUACGAGCGGGCGGAGUGGAGGGAGACCAUCCGUGAGCAGCAGAAGAAGUCAGGUUUCAAAAGCUUCUCGCUGUCCUCGAUGGAGCUGCAGAUGCUGACCAACUCAUGCAUGAAGCUGCAGACCGAUCAUCACAUCCCCCUCUCCGCCAACAAAGAAGAUGACGAUGAUCCUGGACUCUAUGGGUUUCUGAACGUGAUCGUCCAUUCAGCUUCUGGCCUAAAGCAGAGCCUAAAUCUCUACUGCACAUUGGAGGUUGAUUCUUUCGGCUACUUUGUGAACAAGGCCAAGACGCGGGUUUACCGCUACACCACCGAACCCAACUGGAAUGAGGAGUUCGAGAUCGAACUGGAGGGAUCGCAGACGCUGCGGCUGCUUUGCUAUGAGAAGUGCUACAGCAAGAGCCGUCUGAACAAGGACGAUGGGGAGAGUACAGAUAGGAUCAUGGGAAAAGGGCAGGUCCUGCUGGACCCCCAGAGCCUCCAAGGAAAGGAUUGGCAGAGAACAGUGGUCCCCAUGAACGGGAUCGAAGUGAAGCUCUCCAUGAAGUUCACUAGCCGUGAGUUCAGUCUGAAGAGGCUGUCGUCACAGAAACAGGCUGGCGUGUUCGGGGUGAAAAUCUCCGUGGUGACCAAGCGGGAGCACUCCAAGGUGCCCUACAUUGUCCGACAGUGUCUGGAGGAGAUCGAACGCAGGGGCAUGGAGGAAGUGGGCAUUUACCGCGUGUCAGGAGUAGCCACUGACAUCCAGGCCCUGAAGGCCGCCUUCGACGCCAAUAACAAAGACGUGUCGGUGAUGAUGAGCGAGAUGGACGUCAACGCCAUCGCCGGCACCCUGAAGCUGUACUUCCGGGACCUUCCGGAGCCGCUCUUCACCGACGAGCUGUACUCCAACUUCGCCGUGGGCGUCGCUCUGUCUGACAGCGUGGCCAAAGAGAGCUGCAUGUUGAACCUGCUGCUGUCACUCCCAGAGCCCAACCUGGUCACUUUCCUCUUCCUGCUGGACCACCUUAAGAGGGUGGCUGAGAAAGAGAGCAUCAACAAGAUGUCCCUGCACAACCUGGCCACUGUCUUUGGUCCCACCUUGCUCCGGCCCUCUGAGAAGGACAGCAAGAUCCCAGCCAAUCCCACGCAGCCCAUUAGCAUGAGUGACAGCUGGUCGCUGGAGGUCAUGUCCCAGGUCCAAGUGCUUCUCUACUUUCUGCAGCUGGAGACCAUCCCCACACCUGACAGCAAGCGUCAGAGCAUUCUCUUCUCCACAGAGGUGUAGCCCUUCGGCCGUCGAUGUUGGAGGAAGAAUGCAAAAAGCGAGAGAGAGAGAGAAAGAGAGCGAGCGAGGGACAGCAGAAGACAGAGCUUAGGGAAAACCCUCCGUGGCUGAAGAUCCUUUGCGCUCCCCUUCCCCCAUUCCUCUCCUGGAUAGCAGUUGUGGCAGGAUUGCUCCUGCCCUGACUUGUGUUUCACAGCACAGCCCCCAGGGGGCGCCAGAAGCUUACCAAUUUCCAUGAGAAGCAAGGACGCGAAAGUGGCAUCCCUAAAUCACAUCGCUUCACUGGCGUGAGAAGUUCUGUGCAAACUGAAGUUUGCUUUUCGUAAAGUCUGUACCUUAGUGUUUUACUUUAGAAGCCUAUAGCUUAUGUGCAAUGCUCAUAAGGCCACUGUGGAGAAGAUGAAUACCGUCCAACACCUCACAGGAGUUCCAUUAGAGACUGACCAGCUGUUAAGAGAAGUAGUAGAUGCAUUUUUGUUUUCCCUGCUUGUAAUGAACCACCAUGACUUAAAAACAGCUUUCUAUUGUGUGGGUACUGUAGCCGCAAAGCAUCAUGGGUAGCUUGUUCCAUUUCAUUGUGAUUGGCCAAGGGGGAGGCUGUUCCAUGAGAGGGACCUGUGGCCAGACUCACUCUUAGGAUAUUUUAGAGCAGCUGAGUUCACCUGAAUAAGUCCCCAAGGAGCUCUCUGAGGUUGCCAGUAUUGAGUGACGUGUGUUUAUUCCACUGCCAGGGACAUCUUGGGGAUUUUUGAUGAGGGAUACAGCAAAUCAGAGAAGGGGAGGGACACGUCACGAUUGUCAUGGAAGGAGGAAUCAAGAGAUCAGCAGCGAUCCACUGGAGUUCAGCCCAGGGGAGGGUGUGAUAUUAAGACUGCUUUCACUUCCAUUCUGGAAGGAAUUCAUCACUGUCGGAAAA